AUGGCGGCUGUGCAAGACCAAAACAGCGCUCUUCCAGACUUGAAGAAUUUAACCUCUUGCAACUUCGGUAAAUUGUCACAACAACAAAACAAGAUACUACAAGAUCUUGUCAGCCCGCACAUAAGGUCGUUCAACUUCAUGCUGGAAGAAGGGCUUUCUCUUGCAGUCCAGGCCAUACAUCCACAAGAAUUCUUGCUUGCAGAUGGACAGAGAGCCACGAUAUACUUCACUGAUGCUUCAAUUGGAGUCCCUACAGUGUCAGAAAACAACUUACAUGCUUCACAGAUGAAGUUGUUCCCUUCUGAGUGUAGAGAACGUGGGGUUACAUACAAAGCAAAACUCCAGGUUACUCUGCAAUGGAAAAUUAACAACCAGCUGCAAGGAAGUGUUUCAAAGGUCAUUGCUAGUAUACCAAUGAUGGUCAAGUCUAACCACUGCUCCCUAGCAAAGCUUUCACCUCAGGAACUGGUUCAGAAACACGAGGAGGCAGAGGAAGCUGGAGGUUAUUUCAUAGUCAAUGGAAUUGAAAAAAUUAUAAGAAUGCUCAUCCUUCCUAGAAGAAACUUUCCAGUAGCUGUUCAAAGACCAUCAUGGAAGACAAGGGGCACCAUGUACACAGAAUAUGGCAUUCAGAUGAGAUCAGUCAGGAAGGACCAAACAGCUAUGAAUAUGAUUCUCCACUAUCUUUCUGAUGGAAGUAUUGUGAUAGCUAUUUCCUAUGAGAAAGAAUUGUUUUAUGUUCCACUGGUUUUCAUUCUCAAAGCCUUAGUUAAAAUAACAGAUCAACAAAUCUACCGUCAUCUGGUGGCAGGAGAAGAAGAGAACAGCUUCCUUAAAGACUGUGUAGCCACAAUGCUCAGAUCUGCCCAAUUACAGGGAGCUACCACUCAACAGGCUGUGCUCAAAUUUAUUGGUGAAAGAUUCAGAGUCAAGAUGAGGUUACCAGACUGGUACUCUGAUGAAGCUGUAGCUCAAUUUGUUCUCCAAAACUGUGUUUGUGUUCACCUGAAUGCAGAUGUAGAUAAGUUUAAUUUAAUGAUUUUCAUGGCAAGGAAGCUGUAUGCAUUUGCUCUAGAAAAGUGUGCAACAGAAAGUGCAGAUAAUCCAAUGAUGCAAGAAGUACUUCUUGGUGGACAUUUGUAUCUUAUGACCUUAAAGGAAAAGCUGGAGGUCUGGCUGUAUAGUGUGCGGGCCAAUAUUGAAAAGGAUAUGACAAAGAAACAAAGUUAUUGUUUAAAUACAGCUAGUUUACUACAGGCAAUGUCACGUAGCACCAACAUCUCACACCAAAUGGAAUAUCUCCUUGCUACUGGUAAUCUAGUGUCAAGAUCAGGCCUUGGUCUUAUGCAGACCACAGGAUUUUCCGUGGUGGCUGACCGACUCAAUUUCUACAGGUUUCUGUCCCACUUCCGGUGUGUUCACAGAGGAACUUUUUUUUCUCAGAUGAGAACAACAUCUGUGAGGAAGUUAUUACCAGAAGCUUGGGGGUUUCUAUGCCCAGUACACACUCCUGAUGGGGCACCAUGUGGUCUUUUGAACCAUUUGUCGGCAUCAUGUCAGGUUGUGAAUGAUGUGCUACAGACUUCCCACCUUCUCAGGCUGUUAUGUUCAUUAGGCAUGAGUCUGAUUGAUGCCCCUGCACCUGCUGAUGUGAAGUCUUGUUAUGUGGUUAUCUUAGAUGGCAGAGUGAUUGGUAGAGUUGAUAUGGACCUUGCACCAUCACUUGCCAACAGACUGCGCAUGUUAAAAGUACUUGGACUAGAGGAGAUUCCUCAGAUGCUGGAGAUAUGUCUUGUGCCCAUUACAAAAGUAGCAAGCCAAUACCCAGGCUUGUAUAUUUUCUCCACCCCAGCUCGAAUGAUGAGGCCUGUAUUUAACCUGGCUGCAAACAAAGUGGAAAUGAUUGGAACUUUUGAGCAGGUAUAUAUGGAUAUUGCAGUUGUUAAAGAAGAAGCGUAUGAGGCGAAAACCACACAUCUCGAACUGAAACCAGCCAGUAUGUUAAGUGCUGUUGCAAGUUUAACGCCAUUUUCAGAUCACAACCAAAGUCCCCGUAACAUGUACCAAUGUCAGAUGGGGAAGCAAACAAUGGGAACACCAGCACAAGCAUUGAAAUAUCGCAGUGAUAACAAACUAUAUAGAAUACAGACUCCACAGAGUCCUUUGGUACGACCAGUUGCUCAUGAUGAGUUAUCUGUUGACAACUAUGCCCUAGGAACAAAUGCUGUGGUAGCUGUUAUCUCCUACACGGGUUAUGACAUGGAGGAUGCCAUGAUACUCAAUAAAUCAUCUUAUGAACGUGGAUUUGCCCAUGGCUCUGUUAUCAAAUGCGAGAUCAUCGAUCUUAAGAAAGUUCCAGGAAAUGAGUUCCAAGUUUCAAGUGUCAGAUUUGGCUGCCUUCCUGAUGAUGAACGAGUUCAAGGAAUCCUCGACAGUGAUGGUCUUCCACCAAUUGGAGCAAAGCUGGAGACAGGAGACCCAUAUUAUUGUUUCAUUGACGACAACAUUGGACAAGCAGUCAUCCAGAAAUACAACAGCUUAGAAAGCGCGAUUGUUGAAGAUGUAAAAGUUCUUGGAAAUGAUGAAGGGACAGGUUUGCUCCAAAAAGCUUCAAUUAAAUUGAGAAUACAGAGAAAUCCAAUCAUUGGAGACAAGUUCUCAAGUCGUCAUGGACAGAAAGGGAUUUGUAGCCAAAAGUGGCCUGUUGAGAACAUGCCUUUCACAGAGUCUGGAAUGACGCCAGAUAUUAUAUUCAAUCCUCACGGCUUCCCUUCACGUAUGACAAUUGGUAUGAUGAUUGAGAGUAUGGCGGGAAAAUCAGCCAGCCUCGAUGGAUUGGCCUACGAUGCUACACCAUUCACUUUCUCAGAAGAUAAUCCCGCCAUCACAUACUUCGGAAGUCUUUUAAAAAAAUCUGGUUACAAUUACUAUGGUACGGAGCGGAUGUACAGUGGCGUCGAUGGUAGAGAAUUUGAAGCAGAUAUCUUUUUUGGAGUUGUUUACUAUCAGCGUCUCAGGCACAUGGUAGCUGACAAGUAUCAGGUCCGGACAACAGGUCCUAUUGACAUACUCACGCACCAGCCUAUUCAGGGUCGCAAAAGACAGGGAGGUAUUCGGUUUGGAGAAAUGGAAAGAGACGCAUUGCUUGCACACGGUGCUUCCUAUCUAUUACAAGAUCGCCUCAUGAACUGCUCAGACAGGACAGUGGGUCAUGUAUGUACAAAAUGUGGUAGCAUACUCUCUCCUCUCCUGGAAAAACCCGCGGAUGAGCUGGCAGCUGCGGCUGCGCACAGGAAGAGGAAAUGGAUUUGUAAAGUUUGUGAGAGCAGCGAGCAUAUUCAGUUGUUAGCCUUUCCUUAUGUCUUCCGAUAUCUUGUUGCUGAGUUAGCGGGAAUGAACAUCAAGACGUGUUUACAAGUAAAGAAAGUUGGAACGUAAAAGCUUGCAGUGAAAACAGAUAGGGACAAGACCCACACCGUAGACCGUUGGGGUUGUUGGCUACCACUUAAAUAGAAUCUAUUACCGAGCCUGUGGGUCUCAACUUAGCGUUUGCAAGUGGGAAUUUUCACAUCUUUCACAGUGCUUGCCUAAUGAUUGACUAGAGAAGAAGAGGAGAGAAUUGUAAGGACUACCAAACGGCAGAUUAACAACGUUUGCCAGAUUGCUUGAAAAUAUUCAGCAGAAGAUAGAAAAUAUCUCCCAUUUAAAGAAAGGCGAAGAUUUUUCACACAAUGAAACGCACACAACAAAAUCUAUUCGUUUCCCGUUCGAGUACGACUUAGCUAGGUUCUUAAUCCCCUGGGUGAACGAGAUGGGUAGCCGUUUGACAGCAGUGUACACCUGUAGCAAACACUUUGCUAUGGUCUUUGCGUGGAGUAACAUUGACUACAAUUUUCCUCAAAGGAAAUGAAGAUAUAUUGGGAUUGCAAGGCACACAUAAUGAAGUA